CUCGGUAUAAAAGACAGUGUCGCGCUUCAGACUGCAGCAUUUCUUCAACAGGAGAAGACGGCGUUGCUAGACGAUUACAGAAGUAACUAUUACAGUUUCGAUAGCUGUGGUGCAAGAUGCAGAUCUUUGUGAAAACCCUCACCGGCAAAACCAUCACCCUGGAGGUGGAGCCCAGCGACACCAUUGAGAAUGUCAAGGCCAAGAUCCAGGAUAAGGAGGGCAUCCCCCCUGACCAGCAGAGGCUGAUCUUUGCCGGCAAGCAGCUGGAAGAUGGCCGCACUCUGUCCGACUACAACAUCCAGAAGGAGUCCACCCUUCACUUGGUCCUCCGUCUCAGGGGUGGUAUGCAGAUCUUCGUCAAAACCCUCACCGGCAAAACCAUCACCCUGGAGGUGGAGCCCAGUGACACCAUUGAGAACGUCAAAGCCAAAAUCCAGGAUAAGGAGGGCAUCCCCCCUGACCAGCAGAGGCUGAUCUUUGCUGGCAAACAGCUGGAGGAUGGCCGCACCCUCUCUGACUACAAUAUCCAGAAAGAAUCCACCCUCCACCUUGUUCUCCGUCUCAGGGGUGGCAUGCAGAUCUUUGUCAAGACCCUCACCGGCAAAACCAUCACCCUGGAGGUGGAGCCCAGCGACACCAUUGAGAACGUCAAAGCCAAGAUCCAGGAUAAGGAGGGCAUCCCCCCUGACCAGCAGAGGCUGAUCUUUGCCGGAAAGCAGCUGGAAGAUGGCCGCACCCUGUCUGACUACAAUAUCCAAAAAGAAUCCACCCUCCACCUUGUUCUCCGUCUGAGGGGUGGCAUGCAGAUCUUCGUCAAGACCCUCACCGGCAAGACCAUCACCCUGGAGGUGGAGCCCAGUGACACCAUUGAGAACGUCAAGGCCAAAAUCCAGGAUAAGGAGGGCAUCCCCCCUGACCAGCAGAGGUUGAUCUUUGCCGGAAAGCAGCUGGAAGAUGGCCGCACCCUGUCCGACUACAACAUCCAGAAGGAGUCCACCCUUCACCUGGUCCUCCGUCUCAGGGGUGGUAUGCAGAUCUUCGUCAAGACCCUCACCGGCAAAACCAUCACCCUGGAGGUGGAGCCCAGCGACACCAUUGAGAAUGUGAAGGCCAAGAUCCAGGAUAAGGAGGGCAUCCCCCCUGACCAGCAGAGGCUGAUCUUUGCCGGCAAGCAGCUGGAAGAUGGCCGCACCCUGUCCGACUACAACAUCCAGAAGGAGUCCACCCUCCACCUUGUUCUCCGUCUUAGGGGUGGCCAGUAAAUGAGUUCAAUAUUUUAUUCACUUAACAUGACAAAUGCACCUAAUAAAGUGAGAUCACAAUAAAUGGA